AGAAAAACCUUAAAAUCUCGGAACAUGCUUGGUCGGCAUAUUAGAGAAGUUCAUUCCAAUAAACCCAAACAUAUGUGUAAAAUGUGUUCGCGACAAUUUAGUCGAGCAUCGCAUUUACGAGAUCACAUGACCAGGAUGCACACCCACGUGGAGGAACGACCACGCUACCCGGGCACGGUGCCUGGUUGUGGGAAAUCAUUUCUGGGAAAAAGCUUUAUCAAAAGACACUUUAACAUGGAACAUGCCACGAACCCGGUCCGGUUUAACUGCACACUUUGUCCCAAGCAGUUUAAAACUAAGCAGAACCUCCUCGUCGAUAUUGGUACUCACACGACGCAAAAAUGCUACAAAUGUCCGACAUGCGAGAAGAGCUUUGCAUGUACUGCCAAUCUCAAGAACCACCACAAAAUCCAUCAACAUAAAUCUACCCGUGAAAUCUUCCAAUGUGCCCUGUGUCCCUUGACGUUUAUAUCUGAGGCUGGAAUUCGCCAUCAUACUAACCGUUCCCAUGGAAAUCGAGUCUUCCAAUGUACUUUUUGCGAUAAGAAAUUCAAAACCACAGGAGGUUUAAAGUAUCACGUGAAAACAAGCCAUGACACAAACGCAUCGCCUAAUUUUCCAUGUGAAAAAUGCCACUUCAAGUUCUGGUCAAGGUCCAGCCUUUCCCGACAUUCCCAGCAGGUGCACGAUCGUGUGAAGAAAUACCGAUGCUAUUUUUGUGGAUAUAAGUUUUUCGAUUUUAGAGACCUGAGCACACACUGUCGAAGAAGACACACCAUGGAGAAAUAACCAUACCCGUUCAAAAAAUAUUUAUUCAUUCAAAGCCUUAAUUCCUUUAUUCAUAAUUUGUAAAGAAAUAUUCAUUAACUAUUCAAUAUUUGUUCAUU